GUGAAUCUAUCUCAACAGAGCAAACUUGACAACAUUACAAUUUGGCUACAGCAAUGAAUCAUCAACAUGGAAAAAGUCAUUUUGUGUCUUUGGCUAUUUAUCCAGUUAUUAUUAGUAUUCUUUUUGCUACGAUAUUCUUUUGUUUGGCUCGUUGGCAGCCUAUAUGUGGUACCAAUAACUUUUCAAAUGCUGAAACAGAAGAAACUGUGGAUGCUUUGAGUUCUUUCGGAGGAUUGGGUACGCUUGCUAAACAGCUCAAAGACCAUCCAAGAGAAUUAUUGUUUGCUUCCCUUAUAGCAGUCAUUUCAUUUCUUAUGUCUGUAAUACUUAUUACUUUUACUUUAUUGUGCCUUUAUCGCUAUGGAUGGAUACAGUUCAUCCGAUACUGGCUCACGUUCUCUACUGCCAUGGUGUUGAGUUUGACUGGUGGAACAUUACUCAUCAAACUUUGUCAAAUCUUAUGUUUUCGUCUUGAUUGGCUGAGUCUUUGCUUUAUGAUGUGGAAUUUUAGUAUUGGUGGUGUCUUUGCUAUCUUUUACUAUGCUCCUAAGUGGUUACAACACUUUUAUUUGAUAUUGAUGGCGUCCCUUCUUUCCUGGCUAUUUCGCGAUUUUCCUAGUGUAGUUGUUGGAAUAUUGUUGGCUGGUUUAGCCAUUUGGGAUAUUUAUGCUGUACUUUCUCCUCAUGGUCCUUUAAGAGAUAUGAUUGAAUUGGCGUCGGAACGUGAAAGAAGCAUAGAGUUUCCAUCUUUAGUUUAUGACACUUGUCCUUACGAUAUUGAUGGUAUUUGUGAAGUUGAGCAAAUAGGGCAACAUGAAACCUCUACAUUAGAUUCUAUAUCUUGUUCUAUUGCAAGUGAUCAUACUUUAGAACAGGAAUGGCAAUAAUUGCAAUACAAGUUUUGAAAACGAUGCCGAAAAUGACAACAAC